AUGCCCAGGGCCUUCCCCUCCUUGUGCCUCUCCGGCGUGGUGGCGCCCCUCUCCUUGGUGCGCUCCGACGACGGGCCCCAGCGAACAACCAUUGCCUCGAUCACCACCGUGACCACCCCGUCGCCCCAUCUGCGAGCUCCCCCACCUUCCACUCUAAUAGCCAAACCUUGGUGUCUCAGGUCAGGCUCCGUUGGCCUUGUCCAUGACCUCACCCCUCUCGACUGUCUCCGUGGAGGACUACGUAUCGAAGGUUGCGGUCAAUCACCAUUCUCCGCCGCGGCACAAUGCGCGCGGUUGCAAGGUUUGAUGAAUCCAGGACCUGCAAAUCUUGCAUCUGUCAAGUGCCAGAAGAAAGAACUACUGAAAAAAGUCGAUGUGGAUAUACAGAUCUUUCUUGGCUCGAAUUAUCUGGUUCGACCUCUUUUGCGGAAGGGGCUGCGACCUGCGAGGCCACAGACUAUUCAGCAGCGGUUGUCUUCAUUCAGUAUGCGGGAAAAGAAAACAAUCCGGUCAUUGAUGCGUGCUUCUGUGGAGCAGAAUGGAGCUCUUGUCUGGACUCAUGGACAAAGGAAACCCAGUCCAUGUAACUGGACUGGGGUUGACUGCAGCACCACAGGGCCCCGUGGCCGCUACCAGGGUGAUCGUGUCCCAGUUGUGUCAAAUAUUUCGGUUUCGGCGUGUGGCUCAUCUUUAAAUGGCACAUUGGACAGGCUCCACUUUGCGGACUUCCCCCAUCUUCUGCAUCUGGACCUCACAGGCAACUCUCUCUCAGGCACAAUCCCGUCAUCCAUUGAGAGUCUCUCCGAGCUCGUGUUCUUGGAUCUAUCCUACAACUAUCUCAAUGGAUCUAUCCCACCGUCCAUAGGCUUGCCUCAUCUUGCCUAUCUCGGCCUCAGUAAUAACGCUAUCUCUGGCCGAAUCCCAUCAAACAUUGGUGCUCUUGCAAAGCUCGAAUACUUGGAUCUAUCCUUUAAUCAUCUUGAUGGAUCUAUCCCACCAUCUAUAGGCUUGCCUCAUCUUGCCUAUCUCGGCCUCAGUCACAACUCUCUCUCUGGGCCCGAUCUGGGUUGGGGCGGGCCUCUGGCCCCUAGCUCGACGUCGUUGCCCCUGGUUGCAGCCAAGGUGUGGUGGCAGUGGUUGGAGACGGCGACACACAACCGGCUAGUUGCAGCGUGGCGGCGAGCACUCUGCCGGGCCAGGUUGGGCCUGGCUUGUCCUUGCUGCUACGUCCGGUCGACUACCGCUAGUUUGGGCGGUGGAGGUUGUUCCCUCCCGCAUGGUUGUGCUGCUGCUGUCCCCGACCUUGCGCUCGCCUUGUCUACUUCUAGGCCUCACGUUGGUGACCUUUGAGCGGCGGCGAGGAUGGCUUCAAGACCGUGGUGGCGUACGCUUGUGGACGACGGGUGGGGUGGAGCAAUUCGGAUUGUUCGGGGUGGUGGCGGUGUGGGUCGGGAGAAAUCCUUGUCGGCUUGUCCGACACCGACGCGGCGACACCUGUGGGUGCCGCCAUUCCUUCCUGAAGGGUGUCGCGUGUACCUCUCCCUUAUCACCUCCGCGUACCGGGGGGAAACCCUAGGACUUGUCCGGGCAGCAGCGGCGGCGUCGUCGUCGUUUUCCUUGUUGAAGGUGUUGCUUCGUAUGCGGCGAUUCGAAUUGCGAGGAGCGUGGUGGUACUUUUCCGGAGGGCGCAGCGGUUGCGAGUUGUUUUCGUGUUCGUCGCUCAGCCGUAGUCGGCAUUUGUUUCUCUUAUUUUUCUUUGUGUUUUUUGUUUGGCCCUGGUUGUGUUGCGGUCCCAGCAUGCUUGUUGUAUCUUGGUUGCUAUAUUAAUAUAGCGGGGCGAAAGCCUAUUUCGAGGAUUGACGCACCAUCACGAGAUGUACGUCUUAUCAGUGUGAGUUAACGUCCCCUUUAUGUCUAUAUCUUCACUCAGUUGAAGCAGGUGCAAGUGGCACUAGUAGAAAACCUCUCAUCAAUACCGGUUCCAGAGGGGCAUUCGUACCGGUUUUGCAACCGGUAUAAAACUUCCGGCACUAAAGCCCCCCCCCCCUUUCGUACCGGUUGCUUACGAACCGGUAUAAAAGGGGCCUCCACGUGGGCCACCAGGAGAGCUCAGGGCCAAGGAGCUUUGGUACCGGUUGGUAAUACGAACCGGUACCAAAGGUUCCCACCCGCGGCAGGGAAUUUGCACGAAUCUCUCCGGCAGGGUGCCGGAGGCGAUCUCCUGAAUCCCCCGAGAUGGGAUUGGCGGCGGCGGCGUCUCUGGAAGGUUUUCCGUAUCGUGGCUCUCUGUACUGGGGUAUUCGCGACGAAGACUUUAAGUAGGCGGAAGGGUGGAGUCGGAGGGCUGACGGGGGCCCCACACGCUAGGGCCGCGCGGGCCCCUCCUGGGCCGCGCCGCCCUAGUGUUGCGGCACCUCGUCGCCCCACUUCGGUUCCCUUUCGGUGUUCUGGAAGAUUCGUGGAAAAAUAGGCCCCUGGGCGUUGAUUUCGUCCAAUUCCGAGAAUAUUUCCUUACUAGGAUUUCCGAAACCAAAAACAGCAGAAAACAGCAACUGGUUCUUCGGCAUCUCGUUAAUAGGUUAGUGCCGGAAAAUGCAUAAAUAUGACAUAAAGUAUGUAUAAAAUAUGUGAGUAUCAUCAAUAAAGUAGCAUGGAACAUAAGAAAUUAUCGAUACGUUGGAGACGUAUCAUUGCUCCUUGUAACAGAAGUUGUGAACAUGCCUUGGCUGAGAUUAAACAAUCCUUUCCAGUGAGUUGUUUAUCUACCAAUGUGAGCCAUUUCCCUUUGUGAGUGAUGGAUACACUCCUCUUGUCCCAAUCAAUGAAGUUUGGACUGAAUGUCUUCAACCAAUUUGCUCCCAAGAUGACAUCAUAACCUUGGAGGGGUAGAAUAUGGAAGUCAUGUGUAAACUUUGUCCCUUGGAUGGAGUAGUUGCAUUGUGGUAGUAUAUAUUCACACUUGAGUUCACCACCUCCUGCCACUUCUACUUUUUUAACAUUGAUUGGUACAAGCUGUUGGUGGUGAGAGAGCGAAUUGCUUGUCCAAGAAGGUAUUUGUGCUACCUGUAUCAAUGAGUGCCAUGGCCUGUUUACCACCAAUCGAUAUCUGGACAGAAAGAGUUCCUGAUACGUCCUAAACGUAUCUACUUUCCCGAACACUUUUGCUAUUGUUUUGCCUCUAAUUUGUGUAUUUUGGAUACAACUAACACGGACUAACGCUGUUUUCAGCAGAACUGUUCUGGUGUCUCGUUUUUGUGCAGAAAUCCAACUUUCGGGAAAAUCCUCGGAAUUUAUGCAGAAGGCCCUAUUUUCCCAGAAUACUGACGGAGCCAGAAGGACAAGUAAGGUGGAGGCCCGAGGGCCCCACACCAUAAGGCGGCGCGGCCUAGGGGGGGCCCGCGCGGCCCUAUGGUGUGGCCCCCUCGGCCGGCCUCCGACGCCCUCCUUCGGACUAUUUAUCGGCCUCGACCUAAAAACGCACGGAGAGAAGUCGAAGUCGCCAGAAAGCCUCCAGAACGCCGCCACAUCGCGAAACUCCGUCGCGGGAGCCAGAAGUCUCCGUUCUGGCACUCCACCGGGACGGGGAAUUGGAGGAGAUCAUCGCCAUCAUCACCACCGACGCCUCUACAUCAACCAGCCAUGUUUCCCCCAUCCAUGUGUGAGUAAUUCCCCCGCUGUAGGCCGAAGGGGAUGGUAGGGAUUGGAUGAGAUUGGUCAUGUAAUAGCAUAAGAUUGUUAGGGCAUAGUGCCUAGUGUCCGUAAUUGGUACUUUGAUGAUAUUGUUGCAACUUGCUAUGCUUAAUGCUUGUCACUAGGGCCCGAGUGCCAUGA